UGUCACACUACUCGCCGGAUCAGGUUUCUGCCUUUUACUAAGAGCCAUUUCGAGCAACGGAAAUAUUUCGGGAAUUCGCCGGGAGAGGUGGGUUUGUCGUGGGCUGCUCCUACUGCGUGCGGGGAAAGGGCUGGAGUCCAGCGGGAAGAGGCAGCACCAGCCGCCUUGCUGCGUAUCUCCUCCUGUAAGGCAAGCCUUGCCAGGUCUGUUAAUUUUGGGGACCCUCCAAGACCUGCUUCCCACGGUUCUGUUCUCCACCAACAUCUGUGGAACCAAGUUAUGUCCACGGCUGCUGUAAUAAAUCUGUUUAGAAAUGGAGGGCACCAAGUAAGGAGGAGCGCUCUGCUAACAUCUCGCCUUUUGCAAGACGACAAGCGGUCUACGGCUGUUUGCCAGAGCUCCACCACCGAACGCAGAACGUCUCGCUUCGACUUGGACGGUAGCGGCCGCCCUGCCACGUGGGACUCGUUUGGUAUCUGGGACAACCGCAUCGAUGAGCCCAUCCUCCUUCCCCCAAGCAUAAAAUAUGGGAAGCCAAUCCCCAAGAUCAGCCUGUCAAAUGUGGGCUGUGCCAGCCACAUCGGGAAGCGGAAAGAAAAUGAAGAUCGCUUUGAUUAUGCCCAGCUAACCAACGAUGUCCUGUAUUUUGCGGUUUUCGAUGGGCAUGGUGGGGUGGCGGUAGCGGAUUUCUGCCAUAAGCACAUGAAGGAAUGUAUCAGAGACUUUCUCACUGAGGAACAGAACAUGGAAUUAGUAUUGAUCAAAGCAUUUUUAGAAAUAGAUAAAGCAUACGUGGGACAUGCUCGUUUGUCUGCUGACGCUACCUUGCUGAAUGCUGGGACCACAGCAACCGUGGCCCUGCUGCAGGAUGGGGUUGAGCUGGUCGUGGCCAGCGUUGGCGAUAGCCGCGCCCUUUUGUGUCGCAAGGGAAAAGCCGUGAAACUGACCAUUGAUCAUACUCCAGAAAGGAAGGAUGAGAAGGAAAGAAUCAAGAAAUGUGGCGGUUUUGUCGCCUGGAACAGUUUGGGGCAGCCCCAUGUGAAUGGCAGACUUGCAAUGACCCGCAGCAUAGGAGAUGUGGAUCUUAGGAAAUAUGGUGUGAUAGCAGAACCAGAGACAAAACGGCUUCAGUUGCAUCAUGCAAGCGACAGCUUCUUGGUCCUUACCACAGAUGGCAUCAACUUCAUGGUGAACAGCCAAGAAAUCUGUGACUUGGUUAGCCAGUGUCACGAUCCUGCUGAAGCGGCUCACCUUGUUACUGAGCAGGCCAUACAGUAUGGAACAGAAGAUAACAGCACAACUAUUGUUGUGCCGUUUGGAGCCUGGGGCAAAUACAAAAACUCUGAGGUCAAUUUCUCAUUCAGCCGGAGCUUCGCCUCGAGUGGGAGAUGGGCGUGAGGACCUUCUGUAGCGAGGUGUUGAACGUGCUGUACUCCGGAAGGCUGACAGGGCAGAAAGCAGAUCUGUAGAUAGUUAUGUUGAUCUGUGGUCUCCAUCUCUCUUCCAGCAGCCUGUGGUUUCUGCCUGGGUAGAAAACCAUUUUAACUUGAUGUUGCCUCUUAACAAACACGUUUGCUCAUGCUUUACCUCAAAAUCAGCAAUUUUCACUCCCUUCAUCCUUGGUCCUAGAUAAUCCUAUCUGGGGUGUUUUUGUUUUUUUGCACAGACAAGAUGCUGGCUCUUUGCACCUGGUCAACAUCUUCUUGGGGGUUUUCUGCCAAGUGUCUUACACACAAUAUACAUUGUAGGUUUUUAGAGGCUGAGAGAGCACGGACAGGCAAACGGGGCUCUCCCAAUUUGCACAAUAUGCAGGGGAGCAAAUUUACAAAGAGAGAAAAGGUGGCAUUUUUUCUCUGCCACUACUGGAAGCUUUUCCUUCCCUGCUUUAAACAGAAGGAGAAAACCAGCAGCAGGGAGGUUAUGAGGCGACACUAGUGGCCAUGCCUUGUUUUCUGUGGCCCACUGGCCCCAUGUUAACCUCCAGAGUUAAAUUUGGUUGAGGUUAGUCCAAUUCUGGAGAGAGGCAUCUUGGUCUCAGGGCUGAUAAGACUCCAUACUGUGGAAGUCAAAGGGCAGAGAUAAUCAGGUGUGUGUGUGUUGUUUUCCUCAAAAGCAGGAAACUUUUUCCCUAUUAUUUGUUCCUCUGCCUAUUGGCUGGUGUAUAACCAGAGAGCCAUACCAUAGCCCUCAAGAUGGAUGUGGACACAACACUAACAUGGGGGACCAUGUCAUGUUCCUUCAGAAGGACUGAAGCAAUAUUGCUUUUCUGCAUUUAUUUGUUUUUUUCCCUUUAAAUAUGCUAGUACUAUGAAAUCCCCUCACGUUUUAAAAUACACUGUUUGUGAGCUGAACUGUUCCUUUUUGGAUACUCAUUUUCUUUCACUUCAGAGUCACUGAAAAAUGUUGUCCCAGGUUCACAAAGUGAACUGGGGGGAGGGAAUGUAUUGUCUAGUGAAGGUGUGCAAUUGUGCAAAGGUUUAAGUUCCAGGUUAUCAUUCAUGGGAUUCCCCCCCCCUUUAGGUACAAAGUUGAGGAUACACUUCGGAAGGGAACAGUAGGAUUAUAUUUAGAGUUGCCACUAAUUUUCAUCUAAAUUGAAAUUCUGAAAUGUUGGAGGAAAGCAAAAGUGAGAUCAGUAGAGUUUCUUUGGGGAAUUCUGCACGUCCUCAUUAUAAACAUAACUUGGGUGUGAAGGAAACAAUCUGUAACUGGUGUUCCUUGGCAGGACUUCAGUCAAUUUGUUUGUAAUCAAAAUUUCCACAGGCUACGAAUAAGUAUCCAGAGUACUGUGUCAUGGAGACUGGUCCUCUCUCUACAUCACGGGUACCCAGUGUGGUGCCCUGCAGAUGUUGUGGGCUACAGAUCGCAUAAUCCCAGACAACUGUCGUCACUGGUUGGGGCUGAUGAAUGUUGGAGUCCAAAACACCUGAAGGGCACCAUUUUGGCUACCUCUGCUGUAGAUACUGGAAGCAGACAAUAAUGACUUCUUCCCCAUCAGUCUACAACAACUUGUUCUUCAGUCCUGGCAUAAAUGCUUUGGACGCUUUCCCGGAAUUAAAACAUAAAAGUUACCUGGCACCCAGGUGUAACUGCUGAGCCCAUUUAGCUGAACCCUGAUCGCAAUGUGAACCGCAGACUGCCGCUACCUGUACUGCCUAGAGCCCCAUCUUUCAUACAAAUCAUUCCAGCUUCACUUUUGUACACCUGCUCUUGAAGCUUCCUUUUGACUCUGUACCUACCUACUACUGAAAGUCAUGAAGUACUUCGCAACCACAGGGCGCCCUGGUAUUCUGUUGUUACCUAGUGUGUAUUUUACAUGUUUGUAUCAUAUAGAGGUAUAUAUACUUUGUAAGUAAAAGAUGUGUCAAAAAUAUUUGUACUUGCCUAUCUUAUUUAGUGCUAUCUUUCUAGGUCACUGCAAUGGCACAUAUCAGCGUUAAGACUAUUCUUCUCUUCACUACUUUGCAAAUUUCUGUUGUUGGAGCCUGGGCUGAAAGAGGGCAAAAACGUGCACCCAUACAGAGUCAAGAUUAUUGGUUAUCCAGUUGGCUUGGGUCACUCAUGAGACCAGUACAGAGAAUGUUGCCCUCACUCUCAAUUGGGUUUGUUUGUCCUUGGAGACUUUCUUACCUAUUCAAAUCUGAUUGGUUACAUAGCUCUGUGACAUGGCUAUAUAGCUCUGUGAUAUUAAUCAUGUGAUCCCUGAUUGGUUGGGGUUGUUCCAAGGUUGUAGAUGUGUGUGUUUUUGGCUUAAAAGCUGAAUUAGAUGAACAUAUGUCACUGUCCUAACCAAAACCUCUACCACCAGCACCUAAAAUUCUUCCAGUCCACUAAUACUCUGUGAUUAAUUAUCACAGACUAAAGGGAAUAGUAGCAUUUGCCAAACUGCUUGUUCAGAAGUAAGUUGCUAAUAGUAGCUAACUGCAAAGAGACACUGUAUGUAAGCUAUGUUCCAGGUUUUAUUUUUGCUAGAUAAAAUUCCUUUUUAAUUUUCUUUCAUUAUGUGGCAGAAGAACUUUGCCUGUAUUCUGCAUAAUACUUCCAGCUUUGUAAGGGAGUGGAUAAUGGCUCUGGUUAAAGGGGAUUUUGGUCUAACUAAAUGUUGGCAAUGGAGAUGAUACUUGGUACUGCACAUUUUGGAGGACUCCAUAGAUUCUAGUUGGUUAAGGAGAGGGAGGGAGGACGAUCAACCCCAUUUUAUUCUUCUGGUUCUGAAAACACCAACCAAAGUAUCAAAUUAAUAGGCACCCAUUUUUGGGUUGGGUGGAGUUUUGGGAUUGGGGAGGAGGCAGUUCAGGUAGGUUUGACACAGUUGAUUUUGGCACUACUAAGCAACAGAUUAUUUUGUCAUGUUGCUGAAAGUACUGUAGAGAGAGACCUUCUACUGGUGCCUCAAAGUUGGGAAGCCGUAGUGCUUCCUUAAAGCCAAGAUGGUUGUUGUGAGGAGAUUCCCAGUCCUGGAUACAUAAAGUGACUUGGCUGCUUCACACAACAUAGCUGACUUGGAAAAGUACUGAAGUGCCCUUGUGUAAAUUGUGUUUCAGAUUUUUGCCUUAGCAAGCAUGUAAAUAUUUGAAUGUUGAUUGUUCAGCUUUUGUGGGACACUGUUGGAUGGUCCAGAUGCUGGGGCCACCUGUUGCAUUUUUACAGAGGCUGCUGGUAGAUGAUGUUGACUGUUGCUGCACUAAGACUUAACCAGAGAUGCAGGUACCCCUUGCUCUAUCUGUAAGCACAUCUGGUGUUUGGUGCUGGAACAAUAUACUAGCAGCUGAAGGCAAGACUCCAUUUGGCUGCCCUAAAUGUUAAAAAGGGGGGGUGUCAGAUAAUUGAAGUUCUUGGUAUCCCUGUGAUUGAAUGUGCACAUACCUUGUGUGGAUUCUGGGCCCAGCUGCUGCUUCAUUCUAUAAGGUUGCUUUUUUAAAAAAAUAUUUGUAACGGAAGCAGGUUGGAGACGGAACAAUAUUUUAAUAAACUUGCUCCUACAA